AUGGCACAAAGGUUACAAUUGCAUUUUGCAGCCAGAAGAAGCAAUACUUGUCUGCUUUCGGAAAUCUCUGGAGAUGAAUUGGAUAAUAAUGUUCACGUGUCUUUCAAAAGAUCAACAGAAAUUUCAGCAUCUAACAUUAUUCACAUGAAGCAGACUCCCAGUUUACCUCCUCAAAGACAGGAAAAUACUAAGUCUCAGGAAAGAACAUCUGAGCCUUCAUCUCAAAAUAUUAGCAAAAAGAGCACCUUUCUACAGAUUUCACUACAGCCUACAAGAUAUAGUAGAUGGCUAAAGUCUGACAAUGUUGUAACUACUGGUGAAGAUGCAACAUCUACCUGUGUGUUAAAGGAAGGAAUUUACAGUGGAGCCACAGAGGAUGAUAAAUUGAGUACUAUGAAUGAUGGCAGCCAGUUAAUCCCUUCUACCAGUGACAGCCCAUGCAGUAUUUUAAUCAGGGAUAAUGGAUCUUUUAGGAGCAGUGGUAGUGAUUAUGGAUCAUGUACAAGUACAAGUGUUGACGAUUCACAUAACUGUAUCAUCAGUGAUAGUAGUACCUUUCCUCCAAGUGAUGCUUCUUUUUUCUGUGGGAAUUUAUCCUGUAAAGGCACAACCAAGAAAAGUUUGAGAAAUGUUAAUACUAUCCCGUGUGAAGUUAUUUCAACAAAUAGAAGUAUAAUUUCUUUUGACCAGGGUGGCUUGGAGCAAGGAUUGGAGAUGAUGAAAUUGCCAGGGAGAAAGAAAUCUAAAAUUCCACUAAAAUGUUGCUCAUCUUUGCUAAUUUUCCCCAAGAGCCCUUCUAGUAUCCCACCAGCUUCUCCAACAAGCUCAGGUACUUUUCCAAGGAAAGGAUCCUAUCGAACUUCACACCAGUUCAUUAUUUCUUCCAGUGAAAUUGCAGAAAUUGAAGAUGGGGCUGCUUCUAAAGGAUUUCUUUCUACGGCAGUCUGUGGACUUCGACUAUCUAAAUCCAGUUGUGCUCCAGGGGAAAGUAGACACAUUAGGCCACUUCAUGUGAAUGGUUCAAAUGAGGAAAACAUUUUUACUUCAAAUAAUAGUUCUAAUCAGUUGCUUUGUGAAAAAUCAUCUGACAGCUGUUCUUGUGCUUCACUGCAUUUCAGCCAGCAAAGAGCAUCUUUAUCAAAGAGUGAAACAACAAAUGGUCUCCGUAAACCAGAAAUGUCAGCAGUGAAGUUUAAACUUAAUUCUAGUUCAAAGUAUAUUAAGCUGAUCCAUAGAACAUCUGCAUGUCUGCCAUCUCCCCCAAAUGUGGACUGCCAGAUAAAUAUUGAAAGAGAGUUGGAAAGAUUAAAUUUACAGACGAGCAAACCCCAUCACACUUUACAAAGAAGUGUUUCAUUGGAAGGAACUUAUCCAAAUCUUUCUUGUUGUUUAUCCAACAUUAAGCACAGUUGUUCCAUGGCAAGACCAUCUCGAUUACACAUUCAGUUCACAUCUGGAAAUGAAGGCAAAGUUAGUAAUUUUCCAAAAGAAAGCAAGAGCUAUUUCAAAAGAGAAUUGUCUAAUACUUUGAAACACUGUUGUAAGACAAGAGAUAAUUUCCUAGGUCAAGUAGAUGUACCUCUUCACCAGUUACCGACAGAAAAUCCAAAUAUGGAAAGACCGUACACAUUUAAGGAUUUUCUUCUUCACCCAAGAAGUCACAAAUCAAAAGUUAAAGGGUAUCUUAGAUUAAAAAUGACUUACAUACCUAAAACCAAUGGAUCUGAGGAUGAAAAUACAGAACAGGUUGAAGAGUUAGAGCCUGGCUGGAUUAUUGUGAACCAACCAGAGGCUGCUUCUCAUUUGCAGCAGCAACAGGAAUACUCUCCUCUGCCUCCAGGCUGGGAAGAAAGGCAAGAUGUCCUUGGAAGGACCUACUAUGUAAACCAUGAGUCUAGAAGAACACAGUGGAGAAGACCAGUCCCUCAAGACAACACAGCAGAUGCUGAGAAUGCUAACAUUCACCAGCAAGGGCAACAUGCAUUUACUUCACGGAGGCAAAUAUCUGAAGAAACAGAAAAUUCUGAAAACACAGAUACUGCAGAGAGUUGGGAAAUUAUAACAGAAGAUGAAGGUACCAUAUAUAGCAACCAAAAUCUCCAGGCACUUCUGCCACAAAGUAACUUUGGUAUUGAGACUUACUUUGUAAGAGAACUGAAUGCCAGACCUUCUACCUCUGGAAAUUCAGCUACAGGCCAACAAAUAAUCAACUGUAAGCACUUCAAAAGAAGAGGGAGUCUGCAAACAUAUACUUUUGAGGAACAACCUGCACUUCCUGUGUUUUUGCCUACUUCAUCUGGAUUACCACCAGGCUGGGAAGAAAAACAAGAUGAUAAAGGAAGAUCAUAUUACAUAGAUCACAAUUCCAGAACUACAACAUGGAUGAAGCCUAUUACACAGGCAACAAUGGAGAACAUUCAGUUACCAUCACCCCAAACAGCUUCUACACCUACUCAACAACACAUAACUACAAGUGACUCAUCACAACUCUCCUUGAAUCAACAAUCUGAACUUGAGCGGAAAUUUCUUCCUAAAGGUUGGGAAGUCCGACAUGCACCAAAUGGGAGACCUUUCUUCAUUGACCACAAUACCAAAACUACCACCUGGGAAGACCCAAGAUUGAAAAUUCCAGCUCAUCUGAGAAGAAAGACAUCUCUUGAUUCUGCUGAUCUAGGACCUUUACCUCCAGGAUGGGAAGAGAGAAUUCACACAGAUGGAAGAGUGUUCUACAUAAAUCACAAUAUAAAAAGAACACAAUGGGAAGAUCCUCGGUUGCAGAAUGUAGCAAUAACUAGACCAGCUGUGCCCUAUUCCAGAGAUUACAAACGAAAGUAUGAAUUCUUCAGAAAGAAGAUGAAGAAGCAGAAUGACAUUCCAAAUCGAUUUGAAAUGAAACUUCGGCGUGAUACAGUUCUUGAAGAUUCUUACAGAAGAAUCAUAGCUGUGAAGAGAGCAGACUUCCUCAAAGCUAGGCUAUGGAUUGAGUUUGAUGGUGAAAAAGGAUUAGAUUAUGGAGGAGUGGCCAGAGAAUGGUUCUUCCUAAUAUCGAAAGAAAUGUUUAACCCUUAUUAUGGGUUGUUUGAAUAUUCUGCUGCGGACAACUAUACCUUACAGAUAAAUCCAAAUUCUGGAUUGUGUAAUGAAGAUCAUCUCUCCUACUUCAAGUUUAUAGGCCGUGUAGCUGGAAUGGCAGUUUUUCAUGGCAAACUUUUAGAUGGUUUUUUCAUUCGUCCAUUUUACAAAAUGAUGUUGCAUAAGCCAAUAACACUUAAUGAUAUGGAGUCUGUGGACAAUGAAUAUUAUAAUUCACUAAGAUGGAUUCUUGAGAAUGAUCCAGCAGAACUAGACCUGCGGUUUACAGUUGAUGAAGAACUCUUUGGACAGACCCAUCAACAUGAAUUAAAAAAUGGUGGAUCUGAAAUAGUUGUCACCAAUAAAAACAAAAAAGAAUAUAUUCAUCUUGUCAUACAGUGGCGAUUUGUAAACCGAAUCCAGAAGCAAAUGUCUGCUUUUAAAGAGGGUUUUUUUGAACUUAUACCACAAGAUCUCAUCAAGAUUUUUGAUGAAAAUGAACUAGAGUUACUCAUGUGUGGACUGGGAGAUGUGGAUGUGAAUGACUGGAGAGAACACACAAAAUACAAAAAUGGCUACAGCGUCAAUCAUCAGGUCAUCCAGUGGUUCUGGAAGGCUGUUUUAAUGAUGGAUUCAGAGAAAAGAAUAAGAUUGCUUCAGUUUGUCACUGGCACAUCACGUGUACCCAUGAACGGAUUUGCUGAACUAUAUGGUUCAAAUGGACCACAGUUUUUUACAGUGGAACAAUGGGGUACCCCUGAAAAACUACCAAGAGCACAUACCUGCUUUAACCGUUUGGAUUUGCCUCCAUAUGAAUCAUUUGAAGACUUGUGGGAUAAACUUCAAAUAGCAAUUGAAAACACUCAGGGUUUUGAUGGGGUUGAUUAGAAUAUAGAUAACAAUAUACUAUAUUUUUUAUUGCUGCAAUUCUACAAAUGAAAAUCUUGACUUAAAAUUCUCCAGGGAACUACUUCAGACUUGGCUAUUGACUUCGUAAAUAUCGAAUAAAUCAUAUAAAACCAUAAGAAGAUAUAAAUACUGAAACAAUUUUACAGGGAAAAUUAUUUCACUUUUAAAGUAAUAUCACACAGUAUUCUUGUAUGAGUAUCUUUAUUCAUAUCUUAAAACAAAGUAUGUCUUUUGAGUUGUGAUUACAGGAUUUAAAUCCUCUGUGCCUAAAUAGUUUUUCUCCCUCAACAAUUACCUCUUUUACAGUAUUCUUCAGGCAGUUCUUAGACUACUGAAAUUGUAACUGUGAAAACAUUUGUGUAAAGAGUGUCAAGUGUAAAGAAUUGAUGCAUUCUAAGAAGGAAAACAGAAAAAAUUGUUGAAAACUUAAAUAUUAAGUUUUUUGCAAUAUAUUCAGUGCUGCUUUCAGCUAUUUAUUAUUAUUAAAAGGCCUUGCCUAUAGCACCUUACUACUCAACAUAUUUGUAAAACUUUAGAAAGUAUUACCUAUAUUUUGUAGUUACCUAGCAGAGUUGCAAACUUUUUACUUAUUCAUCUUAAAAGCUCUUUCAGACAUCUGUUUUUAACUUUUGGUAAUAUAUAGUUUAUUAAAUACAGUAUUUUUACAAGUUAGCAUGUGAAGUUAAUAUUCACAACUGCAUUGAAUAAAACAUAUUAAUUUUUGUGCUAUGGUUCAUCUGAAUAGUUAAAACAAGAUUUUUUAAUUUUAUAAUUGCCAAUUAUAAAGAAAAACUGAAAACCCACUUUUUCAAAUAUCCAAGGAAAGAUUAACAAUGUGUUAAUGUGUUCCCAUGUGUUCUCUGGAAAACUAAGUGAAAUUUGUUUCACUGUUCACUCUUUCACUAUUCACUCUUUAGUCUUCCACAGUGACAUAGUAUUACGUGUUUACAGAGUUUCUUAUGUUUACAGAUUAAGCUAGUUUCUCUCAUUGCAUUUUUAUAUUUCUUGUUUCUUUGCUGUAGUGUACAAACCAAAUAUUUGUUAAAAGACUAUAUAACCAAAGUCAUAGCAAGAAUGUAUAAUUUGUUUUAGAUAUGUUAUUUACCAAAUUUCUUAUGCUUUUUAAAAACCUAUGAAAAUAUGCUAUUUUAUUAUAAACAAAACACUUUUGUAAGUAGUAUCUUAUUUUAAUGAACCUGGAGAGACAUUAUGAACUUAUUCAUUUAAUUAUCCAAAAUAUUUUUUGCCAUCUUUUGUGUGCGAGGAACUUGGUGCUGUGGGGUCGCAGAGAAUAUUUGCGUUCUCUGUGGAAGUAGAGUUUUGCCUGUGUCUGUACCUUAUGUCAAAGCUAUAUUUGAGUCAACUUAAGCAUACCAAAUAUAUUUUUCAAAAUGUUAUGAUAUUUUUGAGGGAUGCUAUAAACUUAGGUCUGCUUUGAAAAGUACUUGUUCCUGUUGGCUUAAGGGGACUGAUAGGAUGGUAAAAAUGUAAUAUCCUACUCAGUUCAUGAAAGAGAUGUUCAAAACUUAGAGAGUUGCAAACAUACUAUAAAAACAACACCAAUUAUUUUGAGAGUACCCUGUUCUCUCAGUCGGUGGUCAGUAGUCAUUCACAGAGCAGUGAAGCUGCUUCCUCUGCACCAGCCAACACUAUCAUUUUAUAGCCAGCUUCUCUUCCCCCGUCCCCCAUUCAGGUCAGGAAUCAAGGGCUAGCACUCUUUACCAAACCAUACACACUUAUACACUAAGUACUAGAACACCAAAAGGAAAAUAUUUCAUUAAACAAACUGGUUGCCAAUUGAAUAGGAUGUUGUGAACAAAUAUAGUAUAUAAUUUAUCAAUUCAUUUCAUACACAUCAACAAAGCAGUGUUAGCAUGGGCUAUAGCUUCAUUAUAAAGACCUGAAUGUCAUUAUUAUUUUCAUUAAAAUUAUAUUCUACCUACAUUUGAGGUCAUAGUUUAAAUGUAAAUUUGGUAAAAUUAUGGCUGUCAAAAACUGAUAAUGAAAAAAAAGUUUAUUUAUCCAACUGAUUUUUAUUUAAAAAUUUGUUAGAAUAUGGUGUUAAUGAGGUUGCAGUAGCACAUUUACAAUACUUACAAGGCAAUUAACUCCCUGCAGACAACUCUGUUCCACAGUCACAAGUUGUAUGUUUAAUCCUGGGUAACCAUCUUAAAGGUGCAUAUUAUUUGAUCAGUAAGGAUUGUAGAUUGUUUGUAGGUCAUCACCUCUAAAAGGAAAAUUGGAGGAUGUAUAUCCUUCUGACGUUGGCUGAGUAGGAUCAUCCUUACACAUUUUUUUCAAGAAUUUAAAGCACAUAAUGUUAUCCCCUAUUUUCCUGUAUUUUCCUAUGUUUUCUCUGUAAUGUUUUCCAAAUCUUUAAUACAUAAUUAUACUACAAAUGUAAGCGUUCCUUGUAUUUUGGGCUGCCAUCAUAAUGACAGUUCAUGUGAAUAUUAUCCAAAUAAGCACAGUAACUGCCACUUUUAUUUUGCAUGGUAUUCAACAUGGAACUUUUUUUAACUUCGGAGAUGGCAAAGCUCUAGCAAUUGGUAUAGCAGGACUAUUAACAAUUUUUUCAAACCCAAUGUGAGAAAUAAAGAUUUAUUCUAAUAAA